UAAAGUUCGACUGACCACAUUCACGUAGCAGGUUAGUCAAUUUUCUGCAGCGCCGGUACUCGCUAUGCAAAUGGCGUAGAGACGGCGUUCAUGACAGUAAAUGUUAUCGUAAAACUACGUAACACUACAUUUGCAAUAGGUGGCCAUGGUGGCCACGCAAGUAUUGCGAGUCAUUCAAUCAAACAUAAGAAAAAUCGUUUUGUGGAAUAAAUACACAGCGAAUAUAUAAAUCCGUUUCCCUGCAUUUGGCGGUGGUCCAACGCUGCAAGUUUGCAAGACCGGUGUGUGUUGCUGUAUGAGGUGUGCGUGAGUGAGGGUGUGUGUGCAGUGUGUGUGAAGUCCAGACAUGGUAAAGCUGGAGCUAGAUCAGGUGGUAAUGAGGAGGAUGAGGGAAGACGACAUUGAGACUGUCAAAGCUAUCAUCAAGGAGGGUUGUCAGGGAACAGAAAACCGUCUGAUCCUCCACAUCCUGACUCGUCCUGUCUGCCUCCUACUCCUGGCCACCGUCUCUUCUGUCCUCCGCUGCUUCCUUCACUCUUUCAUCCUGGCCCUCAUCAUCCCUGUCUUCCUGCUCAUCGUCUACCUCAAGUUCACCAUGCCACGCUCCACCGGAGUGCUGGGCACUAGCCGGCCCUACUGGGACUAUGUGGGGAGCAGUUACCGAGGGGCGCAGGACGAGACCCUUCCCAACCCCUAUAGCAGGAUCAGUGGGAAACCCCCACCGGCAAAAGGCAAGGCCAGACGGAGGACCAAACCCAAGGCAGAGGACAAGGACAAAGACUCGUCACCUGAGAUCGUAGACGUGGAGAGGGAGAAGGCAGCAGGGCAGGUGUGGGUGGCGGACUGUGAGGGGGAGAUCGUGGGCUGUGUGUCCAGGGAGGGUGACUGUCGUCUGGGGAUGAGGAGGUUCUGCAGGGUGGUGGUGGGCUGCUGGUACCGCCGGGAGGGCCUCGGCAGACUGCUGGUCCAGAGUCUGGAGCAGAGGGAGAGGCAGACGGGGGCCAGGAGGGUCUACGCCCACGUCCCCUACCCCUCUGCAGUAGGAGAGGCCUUCUUCAGGAAGCUGGGCUACAGGCUGCAGGGGGAGGUGGGCUACGAUGGGGAGGAAGAAGAGGAGGAUGAAGAGCAGCCGGAGAGGACAUUUCUGGGCUUCCAUGUCACCAAGGUGUUUGUCAAAGACCUCAAGUGAUGGAGGAGACAACGAAGGGAAUGUGGAAAAUAAGACAAAGAAGAGAUACUAAAGGGAAAUAGAGAGAGGAGGAGAGAUAUUAAAGGGAAAUAGAGAGAGGAGGAGGGGAGAUAUUAAAGGGAAAUAGAGAAAGGAGGAGGAGGAGAGAUACUCUAGGGAAAUAGAGAGAGGAGGAGGAGGAGAGAUACUAAAGGGAAA